GCGCCCGCCGAGGAGGAGCCAGCGGCGGAGGGCGCCCAGCGGCGGCGGCCCGAGGCGCCCGCCGAGCCGGAGGACACGGCGGGCAGGGCCGAGGACGGCGCCGCGGCGAGCAUGUUCGCCUGGGACCAGGCCACCAUCGAGGGCGUGCAGGCGAUCAGCAUCCCUGGCACGGGCCUGCCCACGCCGGAGUACGCGUACGGGGACUGCGUGCAGGGCUACGCGGCGCUGGGGCCAGACGGGCCCAUCCUGCAGGGCGGCCACUACGCCCACGGCGCCCUCGCCCCCGCGGGCCCCGGGCUCGUCCGCACGGACGGCCACUUCGUCUGCGACUGGGACCCGCGCUGCGCCCAGGUGGACCCGAGCGGCCUCUGGCACCCCUACGGCGGGCUGGACUGCGCCCGGGUGCUCGGCACGAACCCGGCCUUCGAAAGCGCGGCCGUGCACCCAGCGAUGGGGCACUGGCCCGACCGGGCAGUCUGGCGGGAGAGGCCCGACGGGAGUCUGACUGCCGCUGCCUUCUCUCUUCGCCUCGAGGCUGCGCCCUGCGGUGGCAUCCGGGAUGUGCUAGGGCCGACCUGCGAGAUGUCACGCCAGUCGCAUGCCCCAGCGCACGCGUGGGGCGGGCACCCAUCUCCGGGGCUCGCCGAGUACGAGCUCGGCGGGUACGAGCGUUGGCAGGCCUGCGCCGCAUACGAGCCAGACGGAAUGACAGUGAGGCGUUCCGAGGUCGUCGCAGUGGUCGAGGGCAACGUGGUCGACCUCCCCAGCGGCGAGCAGGGCUACCAGGACCAGGAUUCUGAACGGCGCGAGGCGCUGCAGCGCAAGUGGGCAUUGGAGAGGGCGCUGGGAAGCUACAAAGGCCACUGGCUAGAGGGCCCGCGCACUUUAGACGACGAGAUGGGCCCUGUGCGCUGGAAGAGGCACUGCGUGCCCUACUUCUCCACCUGUCUCGCUCAUCCUGCGUUUCGGCCCCUGGUUGACGAGCGGCCCGAGAAAGGCGGCGGCGGCGACCGCGCCACGGCCCUAGUCGUCCUGGCGAUCGAGAUCGGCAUCCGCGCGUUCCGGCAGCGACGAGCUGCACGGCGACGGCAUUGCGAGUGGCUUCGCUCUCUUCAGCAGGACUUCCUCGCGAGCGGGACGGGGAGCUCGCUCGUCACGCCGAGGGCGCGGGGCGUCUUCGAUCUCUACGGCGUCAUCGGACGCAAGAAUCUGAAGUGGUACCACGACCUCUUCGGCGAGACGCAAGAUCAGGGCGGUGGAGAGGAGGAUGAGGAUCACAGCGACGGCGGCAGUUGCUCAGAGCCAUCUGGCGGCGACGACGAGGCGAGGAAGCGGCCAGCUGCAUUCGACCACGACGAACGGCCUGCGCUCAAGAAGCAAGCAUCAAAAAGGCCAGCAGCUGCGUCGCCGCCGACUGCGUGCAAGGCAUCGGCGCCGCCGCCAGAGAGCACGGCAUCGCCGCCAGAGAGCAAGGCAUCGCCGCCAGAGAGCAAGGCAUCGCCGCCAGAGAGCAAGGCACCGCCGCCAGAGAGCAAGACACCGAGCAAAAGAGAGCAAGGCACCGAGCAAGGCGCGGCCACCGCCGCCAGAGAGCACGGCAUCGAGCAAGGCAUCGCCACCGCCGCCAGAGAGCAAGGCAUCGAGCAAGGCAUCGCCAACGGCAUCGCCAUCGCCGCCAGAGAGCAAGGCAUCGAGCAAGGCACCGAGCAAGGCAUCGCCAACGGCAUCGCCAACGGCAUCGCCACCGCCGCCGAGCAAGAUGAGUCAAGCAACCAGGUGUACGCCAUCUUUAGCUGUGGCAAGUUCUUAGUUGAUUCAUUGGCAGCGACAGACUUGCCCGAGCUCUUGAAGGAGGGGGGCAAGCAGGUGUGCCAGAUCACGAUCACCGACAGCAUUAGCGAGGAGGACGCCGUCAACAUCAUGAUCCAGAUCGCGGACAAGUAUUCCAAAGGCAGGGCCGCCAUCGCCAUGGGCAGUGACCAGCCAGACGGGUUCAUGCCUUUCUGCGGGGCAUACGGGCGGCUCUCGGACUCUUCGGCGAACGGGAUCGUCAUCGUUAGGCCUUCGAAGGCCCCGAAGUAUCAGCAGCAGGAGCAGCAACAGCAGGAUGCCGUUUUCAACGAGAAAGAUUACAUCCACGACGAGAUCGACGCGACUGUGAUCGAGCAAAUGUUCGAGGAAUCGGAGGACAACCCCCUGGACGUAUCUCACUGCGGCAACUGCGGCAAGGACGUCAUGCUGUCUACCGAGGACUCGUCGAGGGUACCUGAGAUCCAUGCUCACAAUGAGUACCUGGCGGAUACUGCUGAGCGCCUGACUGGCGAUGCAGCUGAGGCGGCGGCUGCAGCUACAAUCAUCGCUCGCUCGCCGACGGCCUCAGAGCGCAGCGACGCGGAGGAUGACAAUCGCGGAGCUGACAGUGACCUUGCGGCGGAGAUGCGCAGGCCCAUGGACGUGGCGCCCAGCGAGCCUGAGGAUGGCCAGGAGACGAUCGGUGAGGACAUCGGCAUCAACGGGCUUCAGGACACGACGAUCGACGUCGGCGACUCGCUGGACUCGGAGCCUGCGACCGUUCCAGGAACCAUCCCCGAGCAGUACCUCCGCAGCAAGGCAGCAGGGGCACCGCCGCCCGACGUGAGCGCGCCCCCGCGUUGGCGGGCCGCCAGCGCCGCCAUGCACCCGUCGGCCACUGGUGGCGCCGUGGGCCCUUUGCCAUCGCCGCCGCCGCCAAAAGAGACCUUGGAGGCAGAGACAGCUGAGGUGCCCGCGGCCCCCAAGGCGCCAUGCGCUCCACCUUCGUUCCAGCCAGGGGAGCGCGAGUGCGAGUUGCCACUUGGUCUGGAUGGCAUCAAUUGCUACAUGAACGAGGCGGGGAGGCGCAAGAGCUCCGCGGAGGUUGGCAACGCUGAGAAGAACCUUCCGCAGGCAGUCAAACUGAGGAUUGAUCAAUUGCAGGAGGCGGUGGAGCACGGCAUCAGGUCGCGCUCGAAUGUGCAUCAACAGAGCGAGAGGCACGUCGCGGCCAAGUGCAAGAAGGAUAAGCAGUUCAGGGAAGACUGGGCCGCCAUGCAGGUUGAAGAACGGAGGAACUACAGGCUGAAGUGGGCAGCUACAACGUUGGCAGAGCUCAAAAGGAAGCACAUCCACAAGCACGCCUGCAAGAUUGUGGACGAGUCGGCGGGCACGUACUACAGCUUCUCCAGGAUCGUCAAGGACGUCGGGUGGUAA